AUGAGAGAGUACAAAGUGGUGGUGCUGGGCUCGGGCGGCGUGGGCAAGUCCGCGCUCACCGUGCAGUUUGUGACGGGCUCCUUCAUCGAGAAGUACGACCCCACCAUCGAGGACUUCUACCGCAAGGAGAUUGAGGUGGACUCGUCGCCGUCGGUGCUGGAGAUCCUGGACACGGCGGGCACCGAGCAGUUCGCGUCCAUGCGGGACCUGUACAUCAAGAACGGCCAGGGCUUCAUCCUCGUCUAUAGCCUCGUUAACCAGCAGAGCUUCCAGGACAUCAAGCCCAUGCGGGACCAGAUCAUCCGCGUGAAGCGGUACGAGCGUGUACCCAUGAUCCUGGUGGGUAACAAGGUGGACCUGGAGGGCGAGCGAGAGGUCUCGUACGGCGAGGGCAAGGCCCUGGCCGAGGAGUGGAGCUGCCCCUUCAUGGAGACGUCGGCCAAAAACAAAGCCUCGGUGGACGAGCUGUUCGCAGAGAUCGUGCGGCAGAUGAACUACGCGGCGCAGCCCAACGGGGACGAGGGCUGCUGCUCGGCCUGCGUGAUCCUCUGAGGCGCCCGCGGCUGCCGCGCGCCGGCCGCGCUCUGC